AUGCCUCGUUACUGUUUGUUCGGGGACACCGUCAACACCUCGUCUCGUAUGGAGUCCACAGGAGAAGGUCAGAACUUCAAACGUCAGACAAACUUUUUUAUUUAAACUCUGAAAACUCGUUUUGGAGAACGUCGGGUUAAAUCUCGUCUCUACGCUCACAAACACGCAGAACAAACUCAGUUCUAGUCCUAGGUGGUCUCAGUUCUAGUUUUAGGUAGACUCAGUUCUAGUCUUAGGUGGUCUCAGUUCUAGUUUUAGGUGGUCUCAGUUCUAGUUUUAGGUGGUCUCAGUUCUAGUUUUAGGUGGUCUCAGUUCUAGUUUUAGGUAGACUCAGUUCUAGUCUUAGGUGGUCUCAGUUCUAGUCUUAGGUGGUCUCAGUUCUAGUUUUAGGUGGUCUCAGUUCUAGUUUUAGGUGGUCUCAGUUCUAGUUUUAGGUAGACUCAGUUCUAGUUUUAGGUAGACUCAGUUCUAGUCUUAGGUGGUCUCAGUUCUAGUUGAGCUGAUCUGCGUUUUUCGUCUGUUUUGUUCGUUCAGCCCUGAAGAUCCACGUUUCCGCGGCGACUCGAGACGUCCUGAUGGAGUUCAACUGUUUCCAGCUGGAGCUGCGAGGAGAGAUCGACAUUAAGGGCAAAGGGAAGAUGACCACCUAUUGGCUACUGGGAGAGAGCGACAGCCAAUGA